AUGUACAAGGCCGUCAUCCUGCCGACGUUACUGUACGGAGCAGAGACAUGGACGGUGUACACGAGACAGGCACGCCGACUGAACCACUUCCACCUCAGUUGUCUCCGUCGCAUCCUGAAGCUGAACUGGCAGGAUCGAAUCCCCGACACGGAAGUACUGGAGCGAACGGGAAUGCUCAGCAUCUACGCCAUGUUGAGACAAAUGCAGCUGCGCUGGAGCGGCCACCUGGUGCGCAUGGACGACGAGCGACUACCCAAACGACUCUUCUACGGAGACGUCGCGACGGGUUCUCGUCGUCAAGAAGGCCAAAUUCGCCGUUACAAAGAUACUCUGAAGUCCUCCCUGAAGCGCCUGCAAAUCAACCCGACCAACUGGGAAGAUCUCACCCGCGAUCGUCCGACAUGGAGGAGAACAGUGAAGACGGGCGCUGCUAUCUAUGAAGCCAACCGAAUCGCCAUCGCCAAAGCGAAACGCGAAGCCCGCAAAUCACAACUUCGCUCAAUACCCAACGCCGCCGCACAACCGCUCCCUACGUGUCCUCGAUGUCAACGGAAAUUCCGGGCACGAGUCGGACUUGUUGGACAUCUUCGGAUCAACUGCACCUCUCGAACUGCUCCAGCCCUCGUCCCCCCGCCCGCCCCUUCCUCGUCCUCUCUACCACCAACUAACUCUCAUAACUCUUCUGAACCACCACUUCCAUCCUCCUCCUCCUCCUCGUCGUCCUCCUCCUCCUCCCUCUCCACUGCCCCAGCGGCGGCCGUUCAGACUGCCGUCUCUCGCAUCACCAACCCCAACACAACAACCGCCACCACCCGCACCUCUCCCGAUCCCAGUGAUGAGGAUCAGGACUGCACCUGCCCUCACUGCGACCGCACCUUAACCUCUCGCAUCGGCCUGGUCGGUCACUUACAAAUCCAUCGCACAAAGACUGGCGAACCAGUGCCUGGAGCACCAACCUACACUCACCGCACUCUCCUCUACUGCCCACACUGCACUCGCACCUUCACGCAUCGCAUGGGUCUAUUCGGCCACAUGCGCAUCCACGACGACCUGCGGUAG